UUCGGGAUUCCCGGAUCUGAACUCGCUCCCCAAGUGCGGGAGAGGGGCCGGAGUGGGAAUGUGGGAGGUGAGGAAGGACACCCCCUCCUCAUCCUCUCCACGUCCCCGCGGGAGCAGCGGCGCUGCAGGAUCGGGAAUCUGCAGGACCGGGCCUGGGAGCUCCCCUCCGGCCCGGGCAGGCGGGACCUGGGAAUGUCCCGAGGAGAUUCCCGCCUGCUCUCCCCUCGCUGCCGCCUCUCCUCUCCCUCAGCAGAGAGGGACCGAGGAGAGGCAAGAAGGGAAAACCUGCGGAGAGCAGCGGAGAUGAGCUGGGACCCAAACGGAGCCCACCUCACCUCCUCCUGCUGCUCCAAAGCAGCCCCAAAAUCCCGAAUUCUACACGGGAUGCUCCGUGCCAACCCCUGUGCCUCCCUUUUCCAGCCUGAGCCCUUCCUGGAGGGAUCUGCUGGCUCCAGCCCCUCCCCGAGAGCCAUGGGCACCACGGAGGCCACGCUGCGCAUGGAGAACGUGGACGUGAAGGAGGAAUGGCAAGACGAGGAUUUCCCCAGCCAGGAAAACUUCUGAAUCCAUUGAUGCCUGCAGCUGGAGGGGCCGGGAUUUGGACCAGGAGGCUGCAGGAGCUGAGCACGGGAGGCUGCAAAUCCCAGGAAAGGAGCGGCCUCUCCCAGAAGAGACCGGGAUGGAAUCCUUGGGAAGCCCCACGGAGGACGAGACCACGUCCUCUCCCCCCAACACCUUGAACUUUAACGGGGCCCAUCGGAAGCGGAAGACUCUCGUCGCACCCGAAAUCAACAUUUCCCUGGACCAGAGCGAGGGCUCCAUCCUCUCUGACGACUUCCUGGACACUCCAGAUGACCUGGACAUCAACGUGGAUGAUAUUGAAACUCCUGACGAGACCGAUUCCCUCGAAUUCCUGGGGAAUGGGAACGAGCUGGAAUGGGAAGACGACACCCCGGUGGCCACGGCCAAGAACAUGCCCGGGGACAGCGCCGACCUCUUUGGGGACGGGGGCACAGAGGAGGGCAGUGCCACCAACGGCCGGCUCUGGAGAACCGUCAUCAUCGGCGAGCAGGAGCACAGGAUCGACCUGCAGAUGAUCAAACCCUACAUGAGAGUGGUGACGCACGGAGGAUAUUACGGAGAAGGUCUCAACGCCAUCAUCGUCUUUGCCGCCUGCUACCUCCCGGACAGCAACCUGGCAGAUUAUCACUACAUCAUGGAAAACCUCUUCCUGUACGUGAUCAGCAGCCUGGAGCUGCUGGUGGCCGAGGACUACAUGAUCGUGUACCUGAACGGGGCCACGCCCCGCAGGAGGAUGCCAGGCCUGGGCUGGCUGAAGAAGUGCUACCAGAUGAUCGACAGAAGGCUGCGGAAGAACCUCAAGGCGCUGAUCAUCGUGCACCCGUCGUGGUUCAUCCGGACCGUGCUGGCCAUCUCCAGACCCUUCAUCAGUGUGAAGUUUAUCAAUAAGAUCCAGUACGUCCACAGCCUGGAGGAGCUGGAGCAGCUCAUCCCCAUGGAGCACGUGCAGAUCCCAGACUGUGUCCUCCAAUAUGAAGAAGAGAGGAUCAAGGCCAGGAAAGAAAGGGCAGAGGAGAAACAGGACAUGGCUGAGAGGGAAAGCAGGCCUGUGCCCCCAGCAGAGGAUCAGGAAACCAGGUUUGAGCUGUUCGUGUGUCUGGGAUGGAUUCCGUGGCGUUUGUGAUCCAUGAGCAGGAUCCCCCAGCCUGGUGUCACCCACGCCAUUGUCCCAUCAAAGCCGUGCCUGCCACCGCCUGUGUCCCCGGCACACCUUUGUGAACGAUUUCACCCAAACCCACUCAUUUUUUUUUUCCCAUUGAUGUGGCAGCAAUAACAACAUUUCCUACCUCAGUUUGCUGCCUGAAAAUCCCUCCUCUCUCUCUUUUUCUGCCCAGCAUGUCCUGAGCCGGAGCAGCACGGAGGAACGGAGCAGGAGAAGGAGCAGCCUGGCAGUCACCCACCUCAACCACCUCUGGGGACAAGACCUUGCCACCACCUUCUUCAA